AUGGACACCGCCUUCUCCUCAGGUCGCUCAACGCCGCUGCACUGGGACGACUGCGACGAUGAGAAUGACCCUUGCGACGAGGUGGCCGAGUUUCUCGAUGAGGACGACGAGCUGCAGGCGUUGCAACACAAGUCGGCGGCCAACUUGCAGCUGCAGCUUUCAGGGACCGGUUCGACCAAGUUGAGCACGGCAAAUUCGGCGACCGUGGCCGCCGUGCAAAAUUCAACGCUGGCGGCGCUGCUCAACAAUCCUUGCCUGCCGCCGACGCCGCCGUCCUCGCAGUGCGGCUCCGACUCGGAGACUCAGAGGAAUCCCUCGCUAGAGAUCCUCACCAACUCUCAUUCCCCCACUACCACCACUACCACUUCAUCAUCUUUAAAUUCAACGCCGAGGAAGAAGUCAAACAAGAACGCAACCAGCAACAGUGGUGGUGUUGGUGGUGGUGGCAGUGGGCACACCAGCGCCUCCUCCAGCGGCGCCAGCAGCCCCAGCGGCGCCGGUUGCGGCGCUGGUGGUGGUGGUAGCAUGCAGGCGCUGAUAUCGAUUCAACCAAAGAAUGCAAUUCACGGCACUGCUGUAAUUCUCACCGAAGAGGAGAAGAGAACGCUGAUCGCCGAGGGCUACCCCAUUCCGCAGCGCUUUCCGCUGACCAAGAGCGAGGAGCGGUCGCUGAAGAAGAUCAGGCGGAAGAUCAAGAAUAAGAUCAGCGCCCAGGAGUCCCGUCGGAAGAAGAAGGAGUACAUGGAGGAGCUGGAGCGCAGGGUCCAGGUACUUGACUCAAGGGUACGCGAGCUGGAGAAGGAAAAUAAGGUCCUCCGGCAGAUGAAGAUGGAGCACUGA